AUUUAAAUGGAUUUGAUUCCCAAAUUUCAGAUUCUUGUUGCUUCUUAUAUAUAUAGUUAGAUUACAUGUAAAGGAAAUAGAAUGCAUAGAAUACAAGGGAUGGGGAAGAAGACAGGAAUCAUACUAGUAUUGUUUACUCUUCAUCUACUCAUAUCCUUCGCCCUCUCUGAGUAUUACUCAGAAACUCGUCCAUUCUCACCAAAACAACAAGUCGUCACCAAUCUCCACUUCUUCUUUCAUGACACUCUCAGCGGACCAGACCCAUCAGCGGUCCUCAUCGCCAAACCCCAUCUCACCGGAGAGGACAGCUCUUCUCCCACACCCUUCGGCUCUCUUCUCGCCAUAGACGACCCUCUCACCCUCGGACCUGAUCCCAAGUCCGAGCAGAUCGGGAAUGCCAGAGGAAUGUACGUCUCUUCCGGAAAACAUGUCCCCACGUUGACCAUGUACGUCGACUUCGGCUUCACCUCCGGCCUGUUUAACGGCAGCUCCUUCACCGUGUUUUCUAGGAAUACGAUAACGGAGAAGGAGAGGGAGCUUGCGGUUGUGGGUGGUCGAGGAAGGUUUAGGAUGGCUACAGGAGUUGCUCAACUUAAUACAUACUCGGUUAACUUAAUCAACGGUGAUGCCGUUGUCGAGUACAAUGUCACUCUCUAUCAUUAUUAACGAAUGAAAAUGCAUGUAAUACAAAUAAUUCGGUUCCAUAA